AUGAACUUCACACCUUUCACGGGGCAUAUCCCGACAGCAACGGCGAUCCCAACAAUCCACCAGUUCGCCGCAAAAUUCGGAUACGAAGGCUCCGGUACAGGCAGCGUUGUUCAAGAGACGAGAUACCAGGCUUCGGGCAGUGGCGUGCAGUUUGCGGUAGCGCCAGCUACUGGGCUGACGGUGGAUGGAGUGAAGUUCCGACAGGCUGAGAGUGUGGUUGUUGUUAGCAAUGCUCAACCGGGGACGGUUACGCUAACUGGACUUGCUCCUAUUCAUACAGUGAACGCAGGUGUGAAAUACCAAAGCAUUACAGCUACAUCAUCGACGGUGAAUGUUGGUAACAUCGCGUAUGGGGGCACGGGGCAAGUUGGAUAUGUGCAGGAAACUGUCCUUAAAGGAGAGCAGAGAGAUAAGCGCGAGUAUCGGGAGGAGUUGCACCAUGACCUGAUGGCUUCUAUGAUGCAGCAGCAUCAAGUAACCCAAGCACCACUGCAGCAAGGCACCCAGCAAUUGCUGGUAGUACUACACGAACCAAAAGAGGGAGCGACCCUGGCGAGGGCUAUCAAGCAGGAAGGCCGUAUUCAUAGGGAUGGCACCAGCGUGCCAGCAGAAUUUAUUAGUAUCGGCGACGUCACAGACAGCACAACAUGGCAGACCCUGGGCGGCGGCGUGGCCGACUACCUGUCAGCAUUACCCCUUCCCUUACAUCAUCUCCUGAAGUACUCCACUUCAGCUGUGGACAGCAAACGAGAGGAACCUACCAUACUUACCGUAGCGACGAACGCUUUGCCACCUAUGUCUACUUUGACUCCGGCGCCAGCGAAUGUUGUCAACAGCGUGGUGGUACAAACAGCAACAAUAGUGAACCCGGUCUCGAACAACGUAAUAAAUACGAAUGCAAACGUAAACUCCAUUGCCAUUGUCAAGAAGAAAAAGAAAAAGAAAGCACUUAAAGAGAAGAAACCAAGACCAAAACCUGGGGAGAUUAGACUCACGACUGCAUUAGAUGGAAGCACACUCUACUGUUGUCCUGAGUGUCACAUGGCGUAUCCGGAGCGUGGUCUAUUGGAUCAACAUCUCGUAGGACAUACUAUGGAAAGAAGGUUUAUUUGCGACAUCUGCAACGCGGCACUUAAGCGCAAAGACCAUCUAACACGCCACAAGCAGUCGCACAACCCGGAGCGGCCGCACGUUUGCUCUGUGUGUCUUAAGGCCUUCAAGCGCAAGGAACAGCUCACCCUGCACUUCAUUAUACACUCGGGUGAAAAGCGGCACGUGUGCAACGAGUGUGGGAAAGGCUUCUACCGCAAGGAUCAUUUGCGGAAGCACACGCGAUCGCACAUCGCGCGGCGAGUCAAAGCUGAAAUGUCUCAACAGUCUAACACCCCACCUUUGUCACAGCAGUCUGUACCGGCCCCACAGCUAGAGCCAUCUUGACCGGACGAAAAGAACGACUUGCUGACCCUCAUCGCCGCAUCCAAAGACGCUUUUUGACAAUAGGCCUUCCUUUAAAGGAUUGGACGGUUCAUUUUGUUACACAGCCGUAGACUACCAUUGAGUUAUAUAUAUAUAGAAGCGCUUUUCUAAACAAAUUUUUGUAUCGAGUAAAAUAGUGAGUCCACUCGGCCGGGCCACCUGACAGGGCACAGCUAUACCUUCUUACGUGUCGAUACUCUCAAUGAGUACCGUUAAUAAGAAGUUGACUCACUAUAA